AUGCAUUCAACUGAAGAGGAGAGCUUGUUGAGUGAUUGCCUCCCUCAUCAACAUCAUUCUCAUCGUUACUACAACAAGCAAAACCAUGGCCAGCUGUCUCUUUCUGAAACUUCUUUCACUUCUUCCUAUGAUUCUUCAUCCACUUCAUCCUCCUCAACAACCACCUCCUCUUGUUCAAGUUCAUCAUCCAGUUCCUGCUCUUCAGCUUCUUCCUCAAGUCUCUCGUCAGAAAGUAGCACCGAUGGGUCAGAUACAUUUCUCCUUAGGAGACCUCAGCAUUCCCAGUCAUGUAAUAACAUUUCUGAAAAGCAAAAGUGCAUCGAAGAAGACACAACACCUUUGACUGGUAACAGAAGGCAUGUAGGCAAGCAGAAACAAACGAAAGACGAUUCCUCUAAUAAUGGCUUUAAGCAAGGCACCCAGAAGAAGACACAUGACAGUUUCCGCAAAUCCAAAUCGAUGGAGGCUCUCAGUCAUCCCUCAGAAAAGGAGGGUUAUGCAACCCAGGAAGAACAAGAAAGAAGAAAAAUUGAAGUAAAAAAGAAUUUGAUGAAGGAGAAAAUGAAGUUCUCUGCCUUCCUUAAUGAGAUCACUCGCCAAGUGCUCAGCCCAAUGAGACUUACAACUCUGGGCGUUACAGAUGCUCGGAAAGCAAGCGACACAGAGGCCACCUCUGUUAGAUCCAGGAAGUCUGAGAGCAGCUUAGACAGAAGCCGACGACAGAGAAGUCGCCCUGUCAGCGCCGACUCAGUUAACUCUAACCAGAAUUCGCACAUCCGUCAUGGUCUCAAACUUCUCAGCGUUGCUCCCACUCACCAUAUUACAAACAGCGACGCGGUCGGAAUCAAGGAGAACGUACUCAUCAGUGUCAUCACCAUAGCGACCGCUACAGCCCGAGUUAUCACAAAUACCCCCACAACAAAGGUCAUCAUCAUCACCGCAGAUGUCACAGUCCUGUCUUUUAUCCUGAUUGUGGAGAUCGCGACAUUUCCAGUCAUCACAAUAAACAUUCUCCUUUCAAUCACUAUGACGACAACAGUGAUGGAGACCACUACGGUGUUUCAACUCCCCAAAAUCGCGCCAACUACCGUGACCUGGCUAUUCACCAGCAGGAUGACCACCAUUUCCAUUAUCAAGGCUACUACAGCCAUGGUCACGUUCCUCGCCACAGAGAUCGUGACUUUGCUACACAUCACUGUGAACAACGCCGCAACCAAGCCCCCGCUCAACGCCAAAUUCAUGAUAGCUCAUCAUCUCACCACAAAGACCAUCAAAAUAAAGGGCACCACCACAGCAAUCAUUUCAAAACAAAACGUCCAACCACACCACGCCAUGGAAGCCAAGCCCAAAUCAGCGACCACAGUAAGUCCAACUCAAAACAUCACCAUGCAGACCACCAUGACCUUGCCCAUGGAGGAGGUCUCCACAGAGACCAUCAGCAAGCUCAACCUAGUGAUUUUGAUCUUCAUUGCCAUGGAGAACAACAUAGGUCUAGCCAUCAGCGUCAACAUGGUAACCACCACAGUCCAAACCCUCGGGAUAACCAGGGAGAUGAACAGAAUGAAUCACGACAACUUGACAAGAAGGAGAAUAAGCGUUCUUAUCCAGAACAACGCCAUGGAGUCCAUCACAGUCCAAAUCGUCCCCAUUAUCACGAAGACAAACACAGUCGAAAUCUUGAAGACCAUCAAAGUAAAGGCCAUCAACACCAGCAGAGAGACAAACACAACAACAGCGAUAACGAUCACCGUCAGCACCACCAUGGUGAGCACAAAAGCCCAAACAGUCAUCUCCAGCAUGAAACCCAUCAUAGCCGUGCUCAUCAAACGCACCAUGGACAAGCGCAUGAACAGAGAGUCAGAUGGCAGUCUGCCUCCACACCAGAAGAAGGAAGUUCUCAACUGCAAGCUUGACUCCUCAAAGAAAAUGAGUGGCCCCUGUGGUCGAGCUGAGGAACAAACCGACUUCACCGGCCCAUCAAUACCACAUGAAUCAACACAUGAAAUGGACAAAAUAAUGGUUCUUGAGAAAGAGAACGAAGGUCUACAGCAGAAUCUCUUGAAGCAAACCGUCAAGAUGGAGUGUUUUGGAGAUUUUUUAAACAGCCAUAAGCUUUUGGAAGAGGAGCUCCAGAGGACACGAGCAGAAUUGAGUGAUCUUACUGAGAGUUUUAAAAUACUCCAUGAGAACUGUUCGUCCACACAACAAACAAAUAGCCUACUGGAGCAAAAACUUAACUCUGUGACUAAAAGCAUGGAAGGAGAGCGUGAGCGGUUAAGCCGACGUAUUUCAGCAUUGACAGAACAACUGGCUUCUGCAAAAUUUGCCAACAAUGUGGACACAUUAAAUGUCAAUUCUGUGUUGAACAAAUCCAAUGACCAUUUUCUCCCAGAUGAUGCCAUUAAUCAGCUAAUGCUCCCUCUGGCUCCUCCGCCAGUCCAGUUCAUGGACAUCCAAAAUUAUGAAAAAAUCAAGGUCGCAGGACAGGAGCAAAGUCUGGGAUCGGUUCCAGAGGAAGAAGAGUCCGACUGGUCAGAAAUGGGGGACGAGAUCCCCCGAUUUAUACUGACAGGUUCAAACAGAAGUCAAACAUGGAUGCCCAGGGAUGGCGACAUGGACAAAGACAGUGAGUCAGGAGGUGAGGACAUUGUCCGACUUCAAUCUCCUCGACCUCUGCAGAUACCUCAUCUUCAGUUCACCAUCCACAAUGAAAUGUUCCCUGCUCCGCCAGCCAUCGCUUGCCCCUCCAGUUUACCAGGCGAAAGUGCAUUUAGGAUCACUACAAGUCAGAAUCUUGGCUCCACUAUACUGAUAAGAUCGGCGAGCCUGGAGGAAAUCCCGUUAGCGUGCCGUCAAAUGUCAAAGGAGCUGAGAGGCACGGAAGCCAUGAUGGACCUUCACCAUCCCGAGGAUGACACUAACAGUGAUUUAGAUAAUGAGAUCAUUCAUCAUUGGAGAACAAACAACAACCGGGAUGGGAAGCUAUCAGAGCCAGAAAGCGCUCCGUGCAGUCUGCAGUCAGUUGAACAGAUGCUCCACCAGUUCAUGUAUGAACCUCAGCCCAGUGAAGGAAUAAGUCAGAGCAGGUCUGAACUGCACGGCUGGACUGAAGGCAUGGCAGAGGAGGUGCUAGGAGGGGAGCAAACACAACUUUGA